UUCUGCUUCUGUCGUGUCGCUGGUGGCGUUGCUCGGUCGUGCUGCUGGAUCUCUGCAAAAACUGGAACGCCUAUUUAAUACCAGAGUAAGGCUACUGAGGGAACCGUGAUUGGAAUAGGUGAUGUGGAAUCAAGGAAAUAGAUGACAUUCGGAACAAGAUGAUUAAAAACUGGGGUGUUAUUGGUGGAAUAGCUGCUGCUAUGGCGGCUGGAGUUUAUGUUUUAUGGGGGCCAAUUUCAGAGAGAAAAAAGAGAAAGGGUAUGGUUCCUGGUCUACUUAAUCUGGGGAACACAUGUUUUAUGAACUCACUACUCCAGGGCCUGGCAGCAUGCCCUUCCUUCAUCAGAUGGCUUGAAGACUUAACAAGUGAAAGCAGCAUCCAUCCAGAGAGAGCAGAGAGAGACACUCAACUGUCCAGAUCUUUGAUGCACUUACUUAAAGCCCUAUCGAGUCAUGGUCAUGGAGAAGAUGAGGUUUUAGAUGCAGGAUGUCUGUUAGAAGCUCUCAGACUUUACAGAUGGCACAUCCGCUCCUUUGAGGAACAGGAUGCUCAUGAGCUCUUCCAUGUUCUCACAUCCUCACUGGAGGAAGAAAGGGAACGCAAACCCAGAGUCACUCACUUAUUUGACAUGCAAACACUGGAGAUGUCUGUGGAGUACAAGGAAAAAAACAUAAGCUGCAGAAGUGGAGGUCCGUCACAUCCUAUUCCGAGUUUAUGGAGGACUCGGCACCCUUUCCAUGGGCGGUUAACAAGUUAUAUGGCUUGCAAGCGCUGUGAAAAGCAGAAUCCGGUGCACUAUGAUUCUUUUGACAGCCUGUCUCUUUCUAUUCCUUCAGUUCAGUGGGGCCGACCUGUUACUCUAGACCAGUGUCUUCAGCAUUUCAUCUCCUCUGAAACCAUCAAAGAGGUGGAAUGUGGAAACUGUACCAAGCAACAGGCUGGAGAGCUUGUGAACGAACAAGACCUUGAGAGUCAGAGGACAACAUUUGUUAAGCAGCUGAAACUUGGAAAGUUGCCUCAGUGCCUCUGCAUACAUUUGCAGAGGCUGACGUGGUCUAAAGAGGGCACUCCUAUAAAGAGACAAGAGCAUGUUCAAUUUACAGAGUAUUUGUCUAUGGAUCGAUACAAACACUGUACUGCUGGCCAGAACCUGCAGAGGACCUGUAGAACAAAUAAGACUGUGUCUGCGAAAGCUGUCAGGGAACAAAAAGACAAACCCGUUGCCAAUGGUGUUGAUCCAGAACACUGUAACAACAACAAGACGCAGUCUAAUGGAACCUUUCCCUCUGUCUUUCUACAUUCACCAGGACUGAGCUCAAAGUUUAACCUCACUUAUGACUACAGCCCUUCAGAGUAUCUUUUCCGGUUAAUGGCUGUGCUGGUUCACCACGGUGAUAUGCACUCGGGACAUUUUAUCACUUACCGCCGCUGCCCUGCCGCGCCCCGUGGAACCUCUCCGUUCAGCUCCCAGUGGCUCUGGGUAUCGGAUGAUUCUGUGAGGAAAGCAAGCCUGCAGGAGGCGCUCUCCUCCAGCGCAUAUUUGCUCUUUUACGAGCGAGUGCAAAGGCCUGGUCUGAAGGUAGAAGAGUAGGGUCAGGACGGGUUAGUUAUUCUUCCUUUACGUUCUGUAAUAGCCUCAUGUGUCAUUCUAAGCUAGAGCGUUAAUCCUCGCUCCUCUCCGUGCCAGGCCAAACUGCUAUGGCCAAGUGCAAUCAGGCAUCCCUGUGCAUUCAGUUUGGCAUGUGUUUCUUUGCAUGUUGUUACUGAUCUCUCUCUGUGAGAAUGAGAGCGGAAAGCGGAGGGUGCUGCUCAUCCUAGUUUCCUCCUUAAUCUUGAUUAACAUCUAUGACUAUGGCAUUUGUUUUUUGUUCUUUUAAACUUCUCUUGCUAUUUGUAGCAGCCAGGUGCAUAGGAAUGAUGCCAGUCAGAAUUUCUCUCUAACAAUGAUGUGGUGUUAGCACAGAUGUAUAAUCCUGGUAUUUAGCCAGCAAAAACUCUAUAUUGUAUAAUGUUAUUUAGAGGCAAAUUGGCCCUGGUUUGUUGCCUUGAGCAUGGUGUCAUAAUUUGCUGGGAAGAAAGACUUUGAUUCUCAUGCAGUUUACAAAACUUAAUAUAUAAUUAUCAGUCCUUGAUUAUGUAUUACCCAACAUAAUUAAUUAGUUUACAUAUGUCCUUCAAUAGUUAGCACAUGUAACAGUCCUUUGUAUAAUUUCAAAUCCACUAAGAUGUUUUUGUGACACAUUUGUAAAUUAAUCAAGAGAAAACUUAAAAUCACAAGAUGUAUCUAUAAUGUGUAAGUCCUUUGUCCUUAUGAACAUUUUUGCAGUUUUUUGUAUGUUUGACAUACCCCAUGUCAUUUUAACUUAAUGCAAACCUUGCAGGAAUAUGGGAAUUCAACUCUUCAACCCUUUUGUCCAGAUGUUGCCAGCUUGCAUUAAUCUAAAAAUCUGGAGGAUUUACCAAUUAGAUUUUGUGCAGACAAAACAUUUUCUUGUAUGUCAUUUCAAGUGUUAUUCUGUAAAUGUAUUGUUACAAGUUAAUUGUACAUGAUGCUAUUUGCACUACAGUAUAUUUUUAUGAUAUUGGUGUGUAUGGAUGAAUGUUUUUCAUGUGUAAAUUAAAUAAAUAAAAUC